ACCAAUGAUUGGCAAAAUCAAAUUGCCUACUUCAUCCUGAACGCAUUGCAGGAGGACAGCCAUUUAUCUCCUUCCUCAGCCAACUAUUAGACACUUAUCUCCUUUUACAUCCAAGCCCAGCUCUGCCAUGGCUGCUGUGAGAGUUCUCCACGAAAUCCAAAUAUCUCCCUAUCCCUCACUUCCAUCUCAGCCUCCGCAACCUCUCGCCUUCCUCGACGCACUAUGGCUCCUAAUCUCGCAACCGGUAGAGAGGCUUUUCUUCUACGACUUUCCUCAUCCCACCUCCCACUUCAUAGAUCACAACCUUCCCAUCUUCACCAAAUCCCUCUCCCUCACCCUCCACCGCUUCUACCCAUUAGCAGGAUCCAUCCGCCCCUCCCCUGAUUCCGAUGACCAGUUCGAGAUUGCCUAUGAGGAAGGCGACUCCGUCGCUAUCACCGUCGCCGAGUUCAUCGGCGACGACUUCCGUAACAUCUCCGGCCACCACCCUAGAAACUUCAAGAAUAUUCGUCUUCUGGUCCCCAAACUAUCCAAGUCAUCACCAAGCGGGCAAUUUCCACCCAUCUCGAUCCAAAUCACGCUUUUUUCGACACAAGGCAUCUGUAUCAGUUUCGCAAUAAAUCACGCCGCCUGUGACGGAUCCGGAUCGACGCAAUUCAUCCGGUCCUUGGCCGCCGCUUGCCGGUCGAGUGAACCUACACUUGAUAACAUCUCCCCUCCAUUCCUCGACCGAUCCAUUAUUGUGGAUACCCACGACAUUCAGCGGAAAAUAUCCGAGAAGAUGCUUCAAUACAAAGGGGUGAAGGAGCAAGAUAGCUUGCCAGCUUCUGAUCCUAACUUGGUCUCUGCAACUUUCACUCUCUUUAAAGAUCAUAUUUUGCGGCUAAAAGAGCGGGUGAAAGCAUCAGGAGCGGAAGAAGGGAAGCCAUCGUUUCAUUUGUCUGCUUUUGUUGUGACUUGCGCUUAUGUAUGGAGAUGCCUUGUGAAAGCUCGAGCUUACAACAAAGACAUCCAGCAGUGCUAUUUCUCUUGCGCUGUGGAUUGGAGAUCGAGGAUGAGGCCGCCGAUCCCAAGAAACUACUUUGGGAACUGCUUGGGGGCUUGUAUGGCAGAGUUGAAUGUAACAGAGCUGGUGGGCAAGAAUGGAACAGAGGUGGCGGCCAUGGAGAUAGGGAAGAGCAUAGAUGAGUUGCAAGGGAGGGAUGUCGGUGAGGUGUUAGAAGCGACGAUCAAUAAGUACUUAGAAGUAGCACGGAGCAGACCGUUAACGGUUGCUGGAUCGCCGAAGCUGAGGGUUUACGAGACUGAUUUUGGGUGGGGGAAGCCGGUGAAGGUGGAUAUUGCGUCUAUUUUUGAAACGGGAGCCAUAUCGCUUGCUGAGAGCAGAGAUGAAGAUGGAGGAUUAGAGAUUGGUUUGGUACUCUCUGAGGAAGAGAUGAAUAAAUUUGGAAUGAACUUUGCAACUGAUUUGCUUGAUCUGCAACUCUUUGAAGGAUUAGAGGCUCUUAAUGAAUUGAUUAUUCCGUGCGGACAUCAAAUGUAUUUCCAAGAUCAAUUAGAAUGUGUCACGUCACUUCUUUGCUAUAUACAGCGGUUCGGUAUCGCUGAAGUGGCUUCACCUGAUUUGCCUCCAAACAUAAAAAAAGUUCAAUCUCACACAGAAUAAUUUCUCCUUAUUAAGAAGAGAUUAUUAUUAGUAGAGUCUGGAUGCAGAGAACAGUUCAGUUUUGUGAUUGUGAAUAGUAAAAAUACAGUGGAGAAUAGCAACUAUGCUUUUAGUGCUCACACUCGUAAAACCGAAAGGUUAUUUAUGUAUGGACUCCACAUGUAAUAAUCUCUCCUUAUUAAGAGCUCUCUAUUUUAUC